GUAAGGGUACCGGAAGACAGUUGUCGGUGCAGGGCGGUGUUGUUGCUCGGGCCAAUGAUGAGUUACCGGAACAGCUCCACUGCGCAUGCACUCCUUACAUGACCCGGCUCUUCCCUUUCCAUGAGCGCCACCAAGCACACCCCUCUCCCCUUCCUCACCCUCUCCCCUUCCUCGCCCUCUCCCCUUCCUCACCCCCCCGCCCCCAGCCCAACCCCGAGGUGUCUCAGUCCUCCUCCUUCCGCCUGCGCCACCUGCGCCCCGGCACCGUGUCGCUAGCCCUGGGGGAGAGCGAUGAGGACCCCGCAGCCCGCAGCGCACCCGGCUACCGGCCGGUGGAGUUCCUCAUCACAACAGGCCCUGGCCCCGUCCCCCGCUUGGACGGUCAGAACAUCGUGUUCGGGCGGGUGCUGGAGGGGAUGGGGGUGGUGGGGCAGGUGGCGCAGGUUCCGGUGUUCGGUCCCUCGCCCGUUGGGAACAGCCUGGCGUUCAACAGCCUCGCAGCGGCGAUUGGGGACGAGCGAGCUGCGACAGUACGGCGGAAGUACGGCAAGCCGCUCAAGGCGGUUGUCGUACUGGCGGCGGAGGUACUGCCGGAGGUACCGGCACAGUAGGGGGGGCAGGCUGCGGCUGUUGCGGCGGCUGCAGGUGUUGUCACGACCCCUGUGUAGGGUGGAGGUCGAAGCACCCGGCCCUGUGGGUGUAAGUAGCAGCAGUGGGUGUAAGGAGCAGAGGAGGUAGCACCAGCUGUAAGAGGCGAGUGGGAUGGCAGGCAGAGGUGUGGUGUGGUCGAAGAUGGAGGAAGCAAACAAGGGAGGGUGGUGGUGACAUGUUGCUCAUGUGACUCUUUCACAUGUAUGGGGUCAGAGAGGAGGGAAUCCUGCUGCGCAGCCAUAGGCCCGAAGCGUGGGCGAGGCUGACAAAGGAGGGGACGGCGGUGGCUAACAUGGCCGGCUAGCGCCGCUGUGAGUUCGUUCAGACUCCCCAGCAGUACUUUCAGACUCACCAAACAUACGGAACGAGUGCGGGUGGUGGCGGUGUGGUUACGGUGGAGUAGCAGGCAGCAGCUAGGCAAAGCAGUCAGAACUCAGCUACCGUACACAGCCCAGUGUUUAGCAGAACUAUGGCAAGGAGGGUGCUAUCUGCUAUGUAUGAUAGGGGGGCGCUGCCGCCUCCAUUGCCGAGCGAGCUGGGGAUAUGCCAUGCGGGGUCCAGGCGACCGGCAAGUGCCACAGUGUUACUAAACUGCGAC